ACUGGAUCGCCGAUGCCAGCGUCCGCUGCGCUGCAUACGAGGCGCAUGUAGAAGAUACAAUGCCGAGUAUGAGAUUUCCACGUGCCAUUUUGGUACGAUUUGAUUUCCCCGUUCUUUUUGGUACCGUCGGGGGUCCUCUCCAGCAGUCCAGAGAGCUCCUCCUGCUCCCUCCCACAGUCUUGCAGACGAUGCCAUACAACCACUAUCGCCAUCCCCGUCGAUAAGUGUUCCUUUCGGACCGUCACCGCAUCUCACACUAUCACAACAUGGAGUCUCGCCUGGUCAGAUGACCUACUCGCAAUCGCAGGCCGUUAUCGGUGCUCAAGCAGGCCAGCGAGCAGCGAAAUCGGACACCACCAAGCCCGGUCCAAUAUCUAUAAAGCAGUGGCAUCGAAGCCGUCGAGAUUUGAAGAUGAAACAUACAGUGCAUAUGUUCUGACUCACAUCAAAUCACCACCUUUCGAUCUCCCAGCAACCAGACUAUGGGCAUCCACGAAGACAAGCAUGAACUGGCCGAUGCGACCUUGGAAGGAACUGUACAAGUCCUGGAAGCGCCUGUCGAGUCUGACCGACUGCCCGAGAGCCUCCGAGGAUUGAGUCGGGAUGAGCUGGAACUUGCCACGAAGAAGCUUCGUCGGAAGAUGGAUCUGACGAUCUUACCGAUCAUCGGUAUCCUCUACCUCCUCAACUAUAUCGACCGACAGAACUUGGCGGCUGCCAAGCUCCAAGGGAUCAUGGAAGACUUGAACUUGACGACGCAGGAGUUCGCCACUGCCAUCUCGAUCCUGUUCGUCGGUUACCUGCCCUUCCAGAUCCCUUCCAACUUGAUCAUCAGUCGAAUCCCCCGCCCUGGUCUCUACAUCACUACGGCUUGCAUGAUCUGGGGAGCCAUCUCUGCUUCUACUGCAGCGGUCAAGAACUAUAAUCAACUUCUGGCCGUUCGAAUUUGUCUCGGAGUGGUUGAGAGUGUAUUCUUCCCUGGAGCGGUCUACUAUCUGUCGGCUUGGUAUCCCAAGGCAGAGCUAGGAAAGCGUCUGGCCGGAUUGUACAUCGCCCAGCAGUUUGGAAACGCUUUCGGCGGACUGUUUGCGGCUGCCGUGCUCUCGCUCGAUGGUGCUCACGGGAUCGCCGGGUGGCAGUGGUUGUUCAUUAUUGAAGGGUCAGCGACCGUCGGUAUCGGUGCUAUCUGCGCCUUCCUCAUGCCAGAAUAUCCUCACAAUGCCAAGUUCCUCACACCCAUCCAGCGGGACCUGGCCGUAUGGAGGAUCGAAUCCGAAUCCGGUGCCGCCGAGGGUACCGUCGAACCCAGCACCUGGCAACCGUUCUUGGCAGCCCUUAAGGAUCCCAAGAUCUGGAUGCUCAUCUUCAUGAACAUGAUGUCACAAUGCCAAGGAUCCAUCGCCAACUUUUUCCCCAGCAUCGUGCAGUCUCUGGGGUAUAACCGGACGAUCAGCUUGUUGCUGACGGCCCCGCCUUACGUGCUGGCUGGAGGGGUUUACUACAUGAUCAGUUGGUACUCGGAUCGCAAAAACACGGUCUACCCCAUCAUCUUGGUGCUCAUCAGCAUCGCUACCACGACCUACUUGAUCCCGAUGGCCACGACCAACGUCGGCGCUCGGUACUUUGCCAUGAUGAUCAUGCCGUUCGCAUCGGUCGGACCCCAGAUCUUGCUUUACAAGACGAUCAACCUGCACAUCGCUCGGCCCACGACCAAACGAGCUGCCGCUACUGCACUCGUCAACUCCAUCGGAGGCACGUCCAACAUCUGGAUGAGCUACCUCUACAUCGGGGCUCCAAGGUACUUUCCGGCUUUUGGAACGCUGAUCGGUUGUGCCGCCAUCUUCGCUGGAACCAUCACCUUCUACCGCUGGUUCGUCCACAACGAGAACAAGAAGCUCGCUUCGGGGGAUUACGAACAGUUGAGGUCUGUCAAGCGAGGCGGUGUGACCGAGGAGAUGAUCGAACUUGGUUGGAGGUACGAGAUGUAUUGAGAGAUUCGAGAAGCGAUCGAGCCUUCGCGAAAGGAAGGCAUUGUUGUCGCUAUUAUAGCAAUUGCUUUGUAUACGCCUGAUGGUUUCGCAAAUAAGUUGUGCAAGGCUGUAUCGCGCCACCAGAAAUAAGAUUACGAUUUGUCUGCGAUGCGUUGCAACACUUUUUG